AUGGGCUUCUUAAGGCUGUUGGCUAGAAUCAUGGGAAGGAUCAGUACAUUCAGAUCCUAUCAGUUUGUGCUUCUGAUGGCUGCCGCACUCGCUGUCGUAGCUUUUUACUACUUUGGCUCGGAGAGGCACAGCUUCUCCAGCACCACCAAGAGGAUCAAACAAACCCAGGCCAGCACCAACAGAAAUGACGCCGACCUAACUGUGGACACCAGGUUCUCACACUUAACUGUGACUGAGGAGCAAGAGGGGGAAGAGCGUGACGUGGGAGGGGAAGGUCAGCUUUUAGGGUCCAGGAGAGGGAACGAUGAGGCGGAAGGCCAGCGCUACCACGCACUGAUGAUGUUCACCAAGGUGGACAAGAGCCGAAGCCUGCAGGACAAAUUCAGAGUGGCCAUGUUGUCCAUGGUGAAACAUGGACGCUUCCUGGAAGGGGAAGUGUUGGUGCUUCAUUUUGUGAGUGACCAGGCCAGCCGGGAACUGGGCCAGAGGAUGCUGCAGGAGUUUCUUCAAGAUGCACCAUUUGAAUAUGAGGUGUCCUUUCAUGAUGUGGUAGAGCUCACACAGAAACUUUUCCCUGUGGUGGAAGCCAUGCAGAAACAUUUCAGCGCCGGCUCCGGGGCCUACUACAGCGACUCCAUCUUCUUCCUGUCUGUAGCCAUGCAUCACAUCAUGCCUGAAAGCCUGACCCGUAUAGUGCAGCUGGACUUGGACCUAAAGUACAGAACCAACAUCAGGGACCUUUUUCAGGAAUUCGACAGGUUUCCUCCAGGAGCAGUGAUUGGCAUCGCCAGAGAGAUGCAGCCGGUCUACAGACACACCUUUUGGCAGUAUCGUAAGGAGAACCCUCACACCAGAGUGGGAGAGCCUCCCCCUGACGGCCUCCCGGGCUUCAACAGUGGCGUGAUGUUACUGGACCUGAGCGCCAUGAGAGCCUCCACCCUCUACAACCAGCUGCUGAAGCCCAGCAGCGUGGACAAACUCACGCAGCACUAUCGCUUCAGGGGCCACCUGGGCGACCAGGACUUCUUCACCAUGAUCGGCAUGGAGCACCCGGAGCUGUUCUACGCCCUGGCGUGCGGCUGGAACCGGCAGCUGUGCACCUGGUGGAGGGACCACGGCUACGGGGAUGUUUUCCAGUUGUACUAUCGCUGCGAAGGGGCCGUCCACAUCUACCACGGCAACUGCAACUCCCCCAUACCGGACGACUAA